AUGCAGAGUGGAAUGUUGCAUGGUUUGAAAAUUGCAAGAGGGGCCCCUCCUAUAUCACAUCUCCUAUUUGCAGACGACUGCUUUUUAUUCCUACGGGCAACUAGUGCAGAAAGUGUGCAAAUGAAGUAUGUUUUGGAUACGUACUCUGCUGCUUCUGGUCAGAAACUUAACUUCGAUAAUUCAAUGGUAUGUUUUGGUACCAAUGUCCAUCAGCAACAACGGAAUGAAGUGAUAAAUAUUCUUGGAGUCAGUCAGGGUGAUACGGCGCAAAAAUAUCUUGGUCUACCUUCUUUGGUGGGCAGGAAUAAGAAACCAAUCUUGGGUUUUCUUAAGGAUAAAAUUCUUAAUCGGGUAAGAAGUUGGAACUCAAAAUUUCUUUCUCGUGCUGGUCGUGAAGUGUUGAUAAAGAAUGUGCUUCAAGCUAUGCCAUGUUAUGCAAUGAUGGUAUUUCUCUUGCCAAUUGGAAUGUUCGAUAGGAGAUGGCAAAGGUUUACAAUGGCGUUCAUGGUCCGGAUUGAGUUUGCAAAAGGAGAAGGGUGGAUUAGGGUUUCUAGACUCCGAGAGAUGAACUUGGCACUAUUAGGAAAACAAGCAUGGCGUUUAGUAACUAGGCCUGAUUCUCUAGUUGCUCAAGUGUAUAAAAGUCGCUAUUUCCCUCGUGGCUCUUUCUUUGACGCCACUGCUGGCAGUAACCCAUCGUUUAUAUGGAGAAGUAUACUAGAAGUGCAGAAUGUUGUCCAAAUGGGCUGUAGGCGAUGCAUUGGUGAUGGCUUGACCACUUAUAUUGGAUCUUAUCCUUGGCUCCCAACGACCGCUGAACCUUAUGUGAGUACCAUUCUACAUGACUCGGUUAGAGGGGCUACUAUUUCAUCUCUUUUGAAUACUCAUGGGACUGGUUGGGAUGUUGAUUGUUUGAAAGAUAUUUUUAAUGAUCGAGAUGCGAACAUUAUUUUUAAAAUCUCGGUGAGUCUGUGUAAGCCUCCUAAUGCAUGGGUAUGGUACUGGGAACCAAAAGGAAAUUAUUCGGUCAAAUCUUGUUACCGAUUGCUCAUGGGAGAAUUUCAGAAUACUCUCAACUAG